GGUAGGUAGACGUGCGAAGGUGCGCCGAGGUGCGGGGGAUGGCGGACAUGCGUGGAGCCGCGCAGGCGGGUGGAGCCGUGGAGGUGGAAGGAACCACGGACGUGGGCGGAGCCGCGAAGGUUGUGCCCACGGGUGUUGAGGGAGAUGGUGUCCCCACGGGUGUUGAGGGAGAUGGUGGCGGCGAGGACAAGGAGGGAGAUGGUGACGGCGAGGACGAGGACGAGGACGAGGACGAGGAGGGGUCCGACCACGGAGACGACCAGGACGACGACGGUGGCGACGGCGACGACGGCGGCGACCGCAGCGACGGUGGCGACGACGAUGACGACGACGACCACGACGGCGACGACGACGACGACGACGGCGACGACGGCGGCGACGACGGCGACGACGGCGACCACGACGACGACCACGACAAUGAGGGUAGGCUGGCUUUGGUCUUGAGGGACCCGUUCUUCGCUCUGCGACAUGAGAGGGAGGGAGUCCGGGCGGUUGAUGGCGGGUCGGGCCGCCGCAGUGACGGCGGCAGAUCUGCCGGAUCGAUCCCUCCGCCACCCGCACGGAGCACGGAGGGCGGAGUCGACGCGACCACCGCCCGUGCGCCCGUUGCCGGUUCCCCGCCGCCUGUCCCAGGUGGUGUCGCCGGCGGAUGGGCAGCUCAUCGUCGGGUCUCGGACCGGAUGAGGGCGGAUUACGACGCCAGGAGGGGCGUCUUCGUAGGACGUUUGUCACCUCGGUUUCAGGUUGCGGCCAGCAGCGAGGGUGGCUCUGGGCGUCCGAGUGUUCACAUGGCAGGCCGCAUGCUCGGUUUGUCUCGAUCAGCGACGAGGAGAGUUUUGAUCCCACCGCCAAUUCCGUCCCGAGGGACAGCUGCGGACAUGCAGCAGGGUCAGCACGACACAUCUGGCGAGGAGGGGUUGCUAAUGCGGAGUGGGAGUAGACGACACAGCGCCGUCACGGAGGUUGAGGUUCGACUCGCAGCAGAGAUCGUCGCCGGCCAGGCUGCAUUGGACGCGAUUCAGAGGCAGCAACAGACGAUUGCUGCAGCGGGGGCCGAGGAUGAGGACGCGGACACAGAGUCCGAGCCGAUCGACAGUGCAGUCCGCAAACAUAGAGCGGUCGUGUCCGCGGCAGCCGCGGUAGCACAGGCGACAUACAUCAGCGAUGCGCAGGGCACAAGUGGUGGAGGGGGCUUGAGAGGAGCGCGUGGUCUACAUGAUGUUGUUUCAUAUUCAUGUUGAUGUUGUUGCUCGAGGUUGUAUCAUAGUUUUGUACAUGAUGUUGUUUUCAUAGGGUAGUUUCCACAGGGAUGGAUGGUACGAUCGCCUUAGUUUUUUUUGUGAGCUACCGUGUGUCACGGUUUAGUUGACGUUGACGGGUCCGGUUUUUGGCUUCAGACACGUACAUAUGCAUUUGGAGUGGAGUUUUUUUUUCCAUUGUCUUGUUCUUCUACACGCUCCUCUUCCACACUCGCUUUUGCAUGUUAGUCGUUGUUGUUCGGUGAGUGUUUUACUGUCUUAAAUGUCCCGCACAGAGCGGAAAUUGUUGUCGCAAUGUUGCAAAUUGUAUCUUUGUCUGAUGCCACACACAUGCAUGUUAUGGUUGCCCUCAUUGUGAAUGUGUUCUAAAUUUGGUAUGCCAAAUAUGGAUGAUAUGCUAAUCAAUGUGUUAUUUCACC